AUAGACUCACACUUCGCUCAUAACCCCGAAAUCCCCAGAUUCUAUAUCUCUCUCUCUAUUUUCCUUGUUCUCCAAGCCAGAUCUCUCUCCAUAAAUCUCUCUUCAUCUCUUUGUCUUCACUAGAAUCUGCGAUCCUAGCUUGUAUCUGUGUAUUUUUACUUUGUUUUUUGUUUCUCCUACUUGCGAUGGCGAUGGCGAUGAUAGAGCAAAGGCCGAAGACGAAGAUCGUGUGUACUCUGGGUCCAGCUUCCAGAUCCGUUCCGAUGGUCGAGAAGCUUCUCAGAGCCGGUAUGAACGUCGCUCGGUUUAACUUCUCUCAUGGAUCUCAUGAGUAUCACCAAGAGACUCUCGAUAAUCUCCGUCAAGCUAUGCUCAACACUGGGAUCCUUUGCGCCGUCAUGCUCGACACCAAGGGUCCAGAAAUCCGAACCGGGUUCUUGAAAGAUGGGAAACCAAUCCAAUUGAAACAGGGCCAAGAGAUCACCAUUUCGACUGACUACGACUUGAAGGGUGACGAGAACACGAUUUGCAUGAGCUACAAAAAGUUGGCUGUAGAUGUAAACCCAGGGAUGGUCAUACUGUGUGCUGAUGGUACCAUUUCGUUACUGGUCCUCUCUUGUGACAAAGAGAAUGGUACAGUUCGUUGCCGCUGCGAGAACUCAGCGAUGCUCGGUGAGAGGAAGAACGUUAAUCUCCCCGGUGUCGUCGUGGAUCUCCCAACUCUAACUGAGAAAGACAAAGAAGACAUCAUUCAGUGGGGAGUCCCGAAUCAAAUCGACAUGAUCGCUCUGUCUUUUGUCAGAAAAGGUUCAGACUUGGUUCAGGUCCGGAAACUACUCGGAAAGCACGCUAAGAACAUUCUUCUGAUGUCAAAGGUUGAGAACCAAGAAGGUGUGGCGAAUUUCGAUGACAUUUUGGUCAAUUCCGACGCGUUUAUGAUUGCAAGAGGAGAUCUCGGCAUGGAAAUUCCGAUUGAGAAGAUAUUCUUAGCUCAGAAAGUUAUGAUCUACAAGUGCAACAUCCAGGGAAAACCUGUGGUCACAGCGACUCAGAUGCUCGAGUCCAUGAUCAAAUCUCCUCGACCCACAAGAGCUGAAGCAACAGACGUAGCAAACGCGGUCCUUGACGGUACAGACUGUGUCAUGCUCAGUGGUGAGACUGCAGCUGGAGCUUACCCAGAGCUAGCUGUCCGUACAAUGGCUAAGAUAUGCGUUGAAGCCGAGAGCACGCUCGACUACGGAGAUGUCUUCAAGAGGAUCAUGCAGUACUCACCGGUUCCAAUGAGCCCGCUUGAGUCACUCGCGUCCUCAGCUGUCAGAACCGCUAACUCAGCUAGAGCCACUCUCAUCAUGGUGCUAACAAGGGGAGGAAGCACAGCGAGGCUUGUGGCCAAGUACAGACCAGGAAUGCCUAUAUUGUCUGUCGUUGUUCCUGAGAUCAAAACCGACUUCUUCGACUGGUCUUGCAGCGACGAGUCACCGGCGAGACACAGCCUUAUCUUUCGCGGUCUGAUCCCGGUACUCUACGCAGGGUCUGCAAGAGCCUCGCACGAUGAAUCAACAGAAGAAGCUAUUGAGUUUGCGACUCAGUAUGGGAAAGAGAAAGAGCUGUGUAAGACUGGAGACUCUGUUGUUGCUCUACUCCGAGUUGGUAAUGCUUCCGUUAUCAAGAUCUUGACCGUCAAGUGAUGAUCCCGAGUUUAAAAAGAAAAAUCCCGUUUUUGGCGUUUGGCGUGUUUGGGAACGCAACGCAGCUAUAAGCGUUUUAUUAUGAAUUUAUUCAAGAUUGGUGAUUAAAAUCUUGAGAUUAGAAAACUCAAGUUCUCUUUCUUGCUAAUUACUACUACUGUGGUGACCAGUGAAUCUACCACUUACGGUUCUUUUUUUUGGGAUUAUUAUUGGUUGUAUGGAACUAAUGGAUCAUCAUACACGUACCUAUUAUCAUGAUUUCUUUUUGUUUUUUAA